AUAUGUGGUGGGCAUGUAAAACAAAACAAAACCCAAAUUUUUGGAAAACAAUACAUUUUAAGAUGCAGCAAACUUUGCAUUUAGAUUUUCCCUUUCCCUUGGAAACUUUUAUGUUAAAUUUUACUAAACAGUAUAUACCUGCAAAAUACACUGAACUUUCUUUAUAUAUGAUGACAGCAGCAAGAAUCCUUUAUGCUUCCUGCUGGAAAACAAAUCUGAUCCUUAUUUUAGAUGAUUGGCAACUCAAAUUCUAAGAAUAUGCAUCAAUUAGGGAUGUGCAAACCAGUUCGAAUUUGAACUGGUUUAAUAAACAGAUAAUAAACUACUUACAAUAAACUAUCUCUAAAUACUGUAAACAGCCAACAAGACAGUAUGAAGAUAGAAAGGAGCAGGGGAAGGGGCACUUCCCAGUGUAUUGCACAGAGUGCCACAUGUAUGACUAUUUGCCCCAUGGGCAGAAGUCAUGGGUGUGUGCUCGGUGCAAGGAGCUCCUGGCCCUCAGGGAACAAAUCUGUUCCCUUGAGACCAAGGUGGCAGAUCUGGAGAAGCUCACAGAGACAGAGAGGCAUGUGGAUGAGACCUUUGGGGAUGUGAUAGAGGCAUCCCACUCCAGGGCUGGUUUCUCUGCUUUCAGGGAGAAUGAAGGUCUUGGGCAAGGAGGACAUCAGUCUGAGGAAGAGGGAAAUGCUCCUUUAGAAGGGACCCCUUCCGUGGAUGAUGAGCCCAUAUCCUCUCGCACGGGGGAUACUCCUCUGGGGGGUGGGGGCCUCCUUGUAGUGGGUGAUUCGAUCAUUAAAGGUAUAGAGAGGUGGGUUUGUGACCCGUGUGUUGACCGCAUGGUGACUUGCCUGCCUGGUGCGAAGGUUGCGGAUAUUACGCAGCGUCUAGACAGGCUCCUAGGCAGUGCUGGGGAGGAGACAGCUGUCAUGGUGCACGUCGGCACCAACGAUGUGGGGAAAUGCAGUUGGGAGGUCCUGGAAGCCAAAUUUAGGCUGAUAGGUAGCAUUUUGAAGUCCAGGACCCCCAAGGUAGCAUUCUCAGAAAUGCUACCUGUUCCAUGCGCAGGUACAGUGAGACAGGCAGAGCUGAGGGGUUUCAAUGCGUGGAUGAGACGUUGGUGCCGGGAGGAGGGGUUUAGAUUUGUUAGGCACUGGGAUACAUUUUGGGGUAAGCAAGGCCUGUACAAAAGGGAUGGGCUGCACUUGAACCAAGAUGGAACCAGACUGCUGGCGCUUAAAAUCAAAAAGGUUGCAGAGCAGCUUUUAAAAUGACACCUGGGGAACAGCCGACGGGAGCUGGGCAGUAUCCCGUUUGGCAAAAGCCAUCCCUUAAAGUGCGAGGGUGCAAUGAAUUCAGAUAAAACAGAAGGGGACAGUGCAGAACCACAUAAAGUGCAGACAGGAGCCUGUGCCAGCAGGUCAAUGAGUCAUAAGAAUAGCAUACUUCAAGGGAAUCAAAACGCCAACAGUGACUGGGAGUUGCAGGAAGAAAUCAGGGAGGCGUCAAGGAGAGGCAGGGCUGUAAUUAUGGGUGACUUCAAUUACCCACACAUAGACUGGGUAAAUUCACAGUCAGGUCAGAACAAAGAGGUCAAAUUUCUAGAUAUACUAAAUGACUGUGCCCUAGAACAGUUGGUCAUGGAACCGACCAGAGAGAAGGCGACCUUGGACCUAAUUCUGAGUGACACCCAGGACCUGGUGCGUGACGUCAGUGUCAUCGACCCUUUAGGGAACAGUGACCACAGUGCCAUCAAAUCCAGCAUACAUGCGGGGAGGGAAUCACCAAGGAUCUCUAACACGGAUAUUUUGAAUUUCAGAAGAGGAAGCUUCUCCAAAAUGAGGAGUAUGGUGAAAAGAAAGCUGAAAGGGAAAUCCAGGAGAGUCACUUCGCUCCAGAGUGCAUGGAGUUUACUCAAAACCACAAUACUAGAAGCCCAGUUAGAUUGUAUACCCAAAAGGAGGAAAGAUACCACUAAGUCUAGGAGGAUGCCAGCAUGGCUCACGGGUACCGUCAAAGAAGCCAUAAAAGGGAAGAAGACUUCCUUCCGAAAUUGGAAGGCCUGUCCAAAUGAAGAGAACAGAAAGGAACGCAAACUCUGGCGCUGUACCAGAGGACUGGAGAGCAGCAAAUGUAACACCGAUUUUCAAAAAGGGACCCAGGGGCGAUCCAGGAAAUUACAGGCCAGUUAGCCUAACGUCCGUUCCAGGCAAAUUGAUGGAAAGCAUCCUCAAGGAUAAAAUUGUAAAGCACCUAGAAGAACAGGCCCUGCUGGGAGUGAGC